AGGGGAAGAUUUCAGGUUUUUUUUAAUCCAGUUGUAAGUAGGACAAAGGAUAUAAUGGAAAUACUUAAAGGUCUUCUUGGGCAAGAUUAUAUGAAAUACUGAAAAUCUUCUAAGUUGCAACAUUGUGAACUCUAUGACACUGUUUAAAUAUAUCAGAUGACACACAUGUUUUAAGGCUUUUGCCAUGUGGUAUUUCUGAGAUAUUUUAAAGUUAAGGGUGGUAGAUCAAUUGAGGCCUUGAGGGUUUUAAAGUUUAAAAUUGAUGGAUCCUUUGUUAAAAUGCAUGGAAAAUGUUAAAAAGCAGUAGAACAUGUCCUCUGCAUGUCAUCAGUUGCGUGUGUGGUGUGGGCUCUCGGAGGGAGGCUCCCUUGGUGUGGGGGUGGGGGAAUGUUUCCCCAGCUUCCUUCACUGACGACCUGCGAGAUCUCUCCUCACAGGUGUGACUCCUCACACACUUCUGAGAGGACCUCACGACUGCCUGAACGCUGACACCCAGCAGGUGUUGAAAUAUUACCAUACUGAAGACUCACAGGCAAUCUGUGCAUUGAGUCUCGGAACAGACUAAUUAUGGUCAAGACCCUCCCUUUGUCGUUCUCUGUCAGGAUUGUUGGACGUUUGCCAGACAGUCUGCAGAUUACCUUUCUACUCGUGGAAACUCAUCUGUGCCCAGACUCUCUCCUCUGAGCCUGAGACUGCACACACGCUAGGCUGUGGGACAGCAGGAAGCAGAAUUAGUGGCUCCCGAGACCCAGCAUUUGGUCAGCGCAUCUGAAAAGGAAGGUGUGAGAAGCAAAACCCAUGGCUGCCUACCUUUGCCAGGUCUGUGGCCAGACGUUCCUCACCCUGGAGAAGUUCACUAUCCACAGUUUCACUCACUCCAAGGAGCGGCCUUUCAAGUGCUUGCACCCAGAGUGUGGCAAAGCUUUUGUUUCCAGAUAUAAACUAAUGAGACACAUGGCUACCCACUCACCCCAGAAGUCUCACCAGUGUGCUCAAUGUGAGAAGACGUUCAACCGCAAAGACCACCUGAAGAACCACCUCCAAACCCAUGACCCCAACAAGGUGUCCUUUGUGUGUGAGCAGUGUGGGAAGAAGUACCACACCAUGCUGGGCUACAAGAGGCACCUGGCCCUCCACAAGGCCAACAGCGGCGACCUCACCUGUGGGGUGUGUGCCCUGGUGCUCAGGAGCACAGAGGUGCUGCUGAUCCACCUCAAAUCCCACGCCGACGACAAGCCCCACGGAAACAAGCAGAAGAAGCACCGGUGCGACCACUGCGAGAGAUUAUUCUACACCCGGAAAGAUGUGCGGCGCCACAUGGUGGUCCACACAGGCUGUAAGGACUUCCUGUGCCAGUUUUGUGCCCAGAGAUUUGGGCGCAAAGACCACCUCACACGCCAUACCAAGAAGACACACUUACAGGAGCUGAUGAAAGAGAGUCUGCAGGCUGGAGAUUUCCUGAAUGCCUUCCACUCUCUCUCUCCUCAGUUUCAGCUGAAGGCUGCCACUCUGGCUCCUUACGCUCUAGGAGCCUCUGUGCAGAAUGGGCUCGCCAGUGGCUUGCCACCUGAGGUGCACACCCUCAAUCCCAUAGAGCCACCCUGCCAGCCGGUACCACCGCUGCCAGAGCCCCUGAUCCCCCUGCCGCCCAUGGCACCUCCCAGCUCUCCCCCUCAGCCCCUCCAGAACCACAAGUACACCACUGCUACCUCAUACCCCCCACUUGCAAACCUGCCGCUCAAAACAGAUACUAAAGGGUUUUGCAACUUCAAUUUGCUCGAGGAAUUGCCUCUGCAAGAGCCUCAGUCACCUCACAGGCUCAACCCAGGUUUUGAUCUGGCUAAGAGUAGCCCUGGUAAAGUAAACCUGCCCAGAGAGCUCCCCAUAGAUGCUGUGAACAUCACAAUACCUGCCUCUCUGGAAAUUUCCCCCCUGUUGGGCUUCUGGCAGCUGCCCCCUCCUCCUACCCAAAAUGCCUUUGGGAAUGGCACCCUCACCCUGGGGCCAGGGGAGCCUCUCCCCCAUAGGCUCAGCUGUCUGGGGCAGCAGCAGCAAGAGCCCCCACUGGCCAUGAGUGCCAUGAGCCUGGGCCAGCUCCACCUGCCUCCCCUCCCCCAUGUUUUCCCAGCAGGCACCGGCACUGCCAUCCUGCCUCAUUUCCACCAUGCAUUCAGAUAAGUGGCUUAUAAAGCAUACUUCUCUUAUUCUGGAAGAGGUUUUAAGGAGCAUUUUACGGUUUUAAGGAGCAUUUUAAAGUUUUAUGAAGCAUUUUAAAUGUCAGUUGUAAUACAAGGAAAGAUUUGGAAAGCGGGAUUGGGGAUAUGGCUUACUCAGUUACGACUGGCUUGAGAUAAGAGUUCUAGAACUGCAUGCAUCGUGCCAAUCUGUCCUGAGUGUUGAUGAUUUGUUCAUGCUUUGUACCAAAUGUAAUCACCAAGUAUUCUUUAAUGGAACUGCAACUAUCUAUUGUCAUAACCGACAUCCAGACGAGGGCUGCUAUAUAUAGUUGUCAAAUUGAGUUUAAUCGUAAGCCAUGAUCAUAACGAUGUUAGCUAAAUAACAUCACCUGAGUUUGUCAUCUUUAUGUAGCACAGCCUAAGGAGGGAACUAUGGGAAGGUUUGGAUUUCUCCAAAAUGGGAGAUUUUUUUUUCUUUUUAAGUAUACCUUUAUAAAAGUAACCUUUAUAUUGCAUAUUAUAAGUAGACUUUGUAUUUUUUUUCUCCAGGAUUCUUCUACCUUUAGUUGGAUGUAGUGUAGUUACUAUUGCAUAGCCAACCUGUAGUUUUCCAGAAACAAUUUCUUGUGGAAUAAUAGAUGUUUCCAUUUUAAACAAGCAUUUUAAAUGUAGUUUGAAUAUUUUCCACAAGAUGCUACAAUGUGAGUUAUCACUUCAUUUAUCUUAAAGACUAAACUGGUUGUCAGUUACAUCUGACAGAAAAAAAAAAUCACUGUGUAACCAGGUUAAGUGAUAAAAUAAUCCAAGUGUCAGUCAAAAAUAGUAUUUUGCUGACUUUAAUAUUGAUUAUAUUUUAACAGGAAUUUAAGAAAUAUUACUGGAAUUUAAAAUAUAUAUAUAUUAAACAAGAUUUUUUUUCUUUGCUUUGUCUGGCUUAAAGUACUACUCUGCUUAAGUAUAUUUUAAUCACCAAUAAAUAAAUGCAUUUUAAA